AUGGAUUCUAUCAUUACAAGAGGCGUUGAAUCAAUACUUCACUUUCCCAGAUCCAAAAAAGAACACAAACGCUCAGUACCACGGAUAUCGAUUCCCUUUUCACCCAUUCGCAGUCGCAGCAGCAGCCGUAGUACCUCGAUCAUUAGCAACUUAUCACUUGAAGAUGAUGCCUCAUCACUAAAAUCACGUGCAACUGAUUACACACCUCCCACUUCGGUUCCUCCAUCACCUAUUGCCAGCCCUAUCGUCAAACCAACACGCCAAAGCAACCCAAUUGACAACUAUACGAUAAAGCGCACUCUUGGCACUGGAUGUCUUGGUCGUGUUCAUCUUGCACAAAAUCGACUUGACAACCGAUACUACGCCAUCAAAACCAUGGAUAAGCACAACGUUGUACAAAAGCGUCAAACGGAUCACAUCAACAAUGAGCGAUCGAUCCUGCAUGGUGUGUCACAUCCAUUCUUGGUGAAUUUGAUUGAGACAUUUCAAGACGAUAGCCACUUGUUCUUUGUAAUGGAGUAUGUACAAGGUGGCGAGUUGUUCCGUAUUCUACGAGAGCAUAAACGUUUCAAUGAAAAGACCGCACGCUUCUUUGCAGCUGAAGUCAUUUUGGCACUCGAAUACUUGCAUGAACGCGACAUUGCCUACCGUGACAUCAAGCCCGAAAAUAUCCUUUUGGAUGCUGAUGGCCAUAUCAAGAUUGUCGACUUUGGAUUUGCCAAGAAGGUAUCGGAUGUCACAUGGACCGUGUGUGGCACUCCAGAUUACUUUGCACCUGAAAUCAUCAAAAGCAAGGGAUACAGCAAGGCAGUUGACUGGUGGAGUUUGGGUGUGCUGAUCUACGAGAUGCUCGUGGGUCGCCCUCCCUUUGAAGACAAGCACCCAAUCGAGCUUUACCAAAAGAUCCUCGAAUGCCGUGUCCCAUGGCCAGAAGAUAUGAGCCCCGAAGCCAAGGAUCUAUUACAAGGAUUGUUGACACCUGAUCCUGAAAAGCGUUUGGGCCAUCACUCGAUCGAUGAUAUCAAGUCUCAUCCCUUUUUCCAAGGCUUGGAUUUUGAGCAAGUCCUCAAACGCAACAUUGAACCUCCUUUCCGCCCCGAGAUUUCCUCUGCUUCCGAUACAUCCUGCUUUGCUCGUUUUGAAGAGCCUGCCGAGGUGACUUAUGGGCAAAUGCGUUUUGCCGAUCCUUAUCGUUCCCAAUUCCCUGAUUUUUAA